AUGGCGACGGCGGGGGCCCGGCUGGGGGGGCAGGCAGCCCGAGCGGGGGCGCGGCGCGCUGGGGGCCUCUGCGGCGGCGUCGCCGUGUUCGCCGCUGUGGCCGCCGUGUUCACCCUCACGCUGCCCCCCUCACUGCCGGGGGGCGACUCGGGGGAACUGAUCACAGCCGCACAUGAGCUUGGAGUUGCCCACCCUCCUGGCUACCCUUUGUUUACUCUGGUGGCUAAACUGGCAAUUCUACUAUUUCCUUUUGGUUCGGUUGCCUAUCGAGUCAAUCUGCUGUGUGGCUUAUUUGGAGCAGCAGCUGCAGCUUUACUUUUUUUCACCGUUUUCAGGCUUUCUGGCUCAUAUGCUGGAGGAAUCCUUGCUGCGGGGGUGUUUUCAUUUUCUCGUCUAACAUGGCAGUGGUCCAUUGCAGCAGAGGUUUUUAGCUUAAACAAUCUGUUUGUGGGCCUGCUUAUGGCUCUUACUGUACAUUUUGAGGAGGCAGCAACUGCGCAAGAAAGAUCAAAGAUAGCUAAAAUUGGUGCUUUAUGCUGUGGCCUUAGCUUAUGUAAUCAGCACACAAUAGUACUCUAUGUUUUGUGCAUAAUACCAUGGAUUCUCUUUCGACUUUUAAAAGAGAAGGAGCUCUCCCCAGGCUCCCUGUUGAAGUUGAGUCUGUGCUUCUCUGCUGGUCUGCUGCCCUAUAUCUACCUGCCUGUCUCAUCCUACCUCAAUCAAGCUCGUUGGACCUGGGGAGACCAGACAACAUUGCUAGGAUUUUUGACACAUUUUCUCAGGGAAGAAUAUGGAACAUUCAGUCUGGCCAAAUCUGAAAUAGGAUCCAGUAUGUCCGAAAUAUUGCUUUCUCAAGUGACAAAUAUGAGGACCCAACUCUCAUUCAACAUUCAAGCCCUUGCAGUUUGGGCAAAUAUAUGUUUAACAAGAAAGGACAGACAAAGCCCAUCAUUAAUAUGGCUUUUUACUGGGAUGUUUUGCAUUUAUUCAUUGUUCUUUGCCUGGAGGGCAAAUUUAGAUAUUUCAAAACCGCUUUUCAUGGGUGUGGUGGAACGAUUCUGGAUGCAGAGCAAUGCAGUGGUGGCUGUCCUUGCUGGCAUCGGUUUGGCUGCCCUUGCAUCUGAGAGUAACCGAGUGCUCAACACCAAUGGGCUUCAGUAUCUGGAAUGGCUUUCAGCAAUUCUUUUUGUAACUUGCCAAAUAUAUUCUAACUAUAGCAUUUGUGACCAAAGGACCAACUAUGUGAUUGAUAAAUUUGCAAAGAACCUUCUAUCCUCCAUGCCUCGUGAUGCAAUUAUCUUACUCAGAGGAGAUCUACCAGGGAAUUCUCUCCGUUACAUGCAUUAUUGUGAGGGACUGAGGCCAGAUAUUUCAUUAGUGGAUCAGGAAAUGAUGACUUAUGAGUGGUAUCUACCGAAGAUGGCAAAGCAUUUACCAGGCGUCAAGUUUCCUGGGAACCGGUGGAAUCCUGUGGAAGGAAUAUUACCUAGUGGGAUGGUCACAUUUAAUCUUUAUCAUUUUCUUGAAGUAAAUAAACAAAAAGAAACAUUUGUUUGCAUAGGAAUUCACGAAGGCGACCCAACCUGGAAAAAGAAUUAUUCACUUUGGCCAUGGGGUUCUUGUGACAAAUUAGUUUCUUCAGAGAUUGUAUUCAACCCUGAGGAGUGGAUUAAACUUACGAGAAAUAUUUAUAACUGGACUGAAGACUAUGGAAGGUUUGAUCCUUCUUCCUGGGAAUCUGUGGCCAAUGAAGAGAUGUGGCAAGCAAGGAUGAAAACACCGUUCUUCAUCUUCAACCUGGCAGAAAGUGCAAGUUUGCCUUCAGAUGUGAAAGCUCAACUCUACACUCACGCCUAUAACCUUUAUAAAGAGAUUGUCUAUUUACGAAAGGAACACCCGGUGAAUUGGCACAAGAACUACGCCAUCUCCUGUGAACGGAUGCUGCGCCUUCAGGAAAGAAGUGCAGACCCUGAAGUCUUGUUAUCUGAAACCAUCAGACACUUCCGUCUCUACACUCGCAAGGCCCAGAAUGAUCCCCAGCUGGCCGAUAUUUCAGUUGCUCUAAAGCACCUAAGAAAGGAACUACAAAGUCUGAGAAACAUGAAAAAUGGCUGAGACAGCAAACUGUGAAAAACUGGCUCAGCUUUCAGCUUCCAAAAUUCCCAAGUCCAGAAGCUUUCCUCUAAGAAAAGAAAUGCCAUUAAAAAAUGGAAGACUAGGUCAUCUCCCAGAUAUAAGUAACAUGGUGUCAUGGUACUGUUUUACGGCAGAGUUAGAAACUGAGAUGUGCUAUUUCCACAAAUUCUAUUUAGCCUGUGUUACUGAAUUAGCAUUUCAGUGAGAAUAUUUUGAAAAAUCUUCCUACUUCCACAACCUUUCAUCAAAUGACUUGCUUGAUUAAAUUCUAGAAGAGAAUGAACU